AUGAAGUGGGCUUUACCUUUGCUACUGGCCUUUGUGCCCUGGACUGUAGCAGAUUUUGGAAACACGACGGAGUUGCUCAAGACUCUGCCUAGUUGUUCUUCUCCUUGCUAUAGAGAUGCUUUUAUUAAUUCAGAAUGCAAGACUACCGAUGUGUCUUGCUUGUGUGCUGGACAAACGACCAUCAAAACAGCGGAAGGAUGUGCAGCUGAAAUUUGCAGUGUCAAAGACAGUUUGACUACUCUCAACAUGACCUACACCUAUUGCGACUAUCCCGUCCGAGACAAGACUUCGAUUUUCAUCAAUGUUACCAUCGUUCUCGGCGUUAUUUCCGGUGUCUCGAUCCUCCUUCGCCUCGGUACAAAGUAUUUCCUCAGCCAAGCCGACUUCGGUCUCGACGAUCUAUUUAUUUGUCUCACACUUCUCAUCGGUAUGCCGUCGACGGCAAUGAAUAUUCAUGGUACAGCUGGACACGGAGAGGGUCGUGAUAUCUGGACGCUCGAGUUCGACCAGAUUACCAAAUUCGGAUUUUACUUCUGGCUGUUGGAAGUCUUCUACUUUGCUCAAGUCUCGUUUCUCAAAACGUCGUUGCUGUUCUUCUACCUACGGAUUUUCCCGGGUCAUGCGCAGAAGCUUCUUUGGGGGACUAUUAUCUUCAACACUGUUUACGGUGUUGUCUUUGUGUUCCUGGCGGCCUUCCAGUGCACGCCUGUCAACUAUUUCUGGCUCAGCUGGGAUGGUGAGCAUGAAGGAAAAUGCUUUAACAUUGCAUCUAUCGGUUGGGCCAAUGCAGCAAUCAGUAUCAUUCUUGACUUUUGGAUGCUGGGUAUCCCAAUGUGGUAUCUCCGUAAGCUCAAGUUACAUUGGAAGAAGAAGAUUGGUGUUGCCGCCAUGUUUAUCGUCGGAACCUUUGUCACCGUCGUGAGCAUCAUCCGUCUUCAGUACAUCGUUCACCUUGGCUCCUCCACCAACCCAACCUACGACCAAACCGACGUCUCAAUCUGGUCAACCGUCGAAAUUAACAUCGGUAUCAUCUGCGCCUCCAUGCCCGCCCUACGUGUCCUCCUCGUCCGCAUCUUCCCUGCCCUCGGCGGCUCAUCAUACAACUCAAGCAAGUACAACAACUACGGCGAGAACUACGGCCGCAAGUCACACGUCUUGAGUCGCAGUCGUGCUGCACGUGUGGAGCUUCCUUCUGAGACAGCCGAUUCGAUACAUUCACCUGAGCAUGGAGGAAUUGAGAUGCAGAGGACGUUUAGAGUGCAAUAUAGUGAGAAUGAUGAGCAGAGUUUGGUCAAUGGGUCGGGGAAGUUUAAUAAGACGCAGGUUACGACGCAGAAUAGAAGGUCGGAGAGUAUUGAAAGGGACUCCAUGUAG